AUGUACAUAAACGAUAUGGAUUUUGAUGUUAUAUACGAGAUGGUGUAUUAUAUUUAUUGCGGAAGGUGUCAGAAAGAUAUCACAGAUAUGGCGACUGCUCUUNUAAUCGCUGCAGAUAAAUAUCCCCUUCCGGAAUCGGCGGAGUCUCCGAAAAUCAAUGAAAAAGCAUCAGGAAACAUCAUCACUAAUGAGCCAUCUGUCCAUGCUUCCGAUGAACCGCAUCAAAGAUUGACGUUCUACAACUGGGAUCACACCGAUUUGGGAACCUCCGUUUUUGAAGACCUUCCUCCAGUAGUUCCUCACCCUCUUCCACUUCCAAUCAAUCAAUCCGAACAGUGUCCCGAUGGUUGGCUGAGAUAUUCUGACUCGUGCUACUUCUUCGAGACAGAGCACCUUGGAUUCGCUAAAGCCGAAAGAAAAUGCUAUGAUAAGCAAGCGACUUUGUUUGUUGCAAAUUCUUUGGAUGAAUGGGAUGUCGUGACUUCUCACACCGAAAAAUCAUCGUUUUCUUGGAUCGGGCUAGUGAGAUUCAAUCAUUAUGAGCGAUUGGAGAAAUUACCGAGAUGGCAAACAACAGGAUCCAUCAAUCCAUCCAAGAUUAACUGGCUCAUCAAACCAUACCAACCAAGUGUUAAUGGAUGGUCAUCAAUCGCUAACUGUGCUGCUGUCUACCAGUCUCCCGUGACAAUCGGGUCUGUUUCGUACACAUUCUACUAUCCGUGCAUUCUACAGUAUACAUCUAUUUGUGAGCGCAACGCAACUAUUAUCAAUGCCAAAAACUGA